AUGGCUGACCUCAACGAGAAAGCUGCCUUUGACCAUGCUUCAGUCAAGGGUGCUGAGUCUACUGCAGAGCAGACACCUGAGGAGUCAGAGGCUACCAAGAAGCUUCUGCGCAAGUGUGACUCUAGAUUGCUUCCUCCCCUGAUGGUCAUCUAUUUUCUUUCCUUUAUGGACAGAACUAACAUCGGCAACGCGAAAAUCCAAGGAAUGACGGAGGAUCUCAAGAUGACUGGCGUCGAUUACAACAUGGCACUCUUCGUCUUCUUCAUCCCCUACAUCAUCUUCGAAGUCCCAUCGAACAUAAUAAUCAAGAGAAUUUCGCCUUCUCUUUGGCUAGCAGGAAUCACCGUUCUCUGGGGCAUCUCAACUGUCGGGAUGGGCCUCGUCAAAAACGUACAAGGCCUUAUCGCCUGUCGCGCACUUCUCGGCUUCUUCGAAGCUGGUAUCGUCCCAGGCUGUAUCUAUCUUAUCAGCAUGUACUACAGACGCUACGAAGUUCAGUGGCGCAUGUCGUUGUUCUUCAGCGCUGCUAUCUUGGCGGGCGCCUUUUCUGGCCUUUUGGCCUUUGCGAUUGCCAAGAUGCAUGAUGUCGGUGGCCUUGAAGCAUGGCGAUGGAUCUUUAUCCUCGAGGGACUUCUCACAGUAGUUGUUGGAGUCAUUUCCAAGUGGUGGAUCCCCGAUUGGCCAGAGACCGCGUCGUUCCUGAACGACGAUGAGCGAUCCAGACUUGUGGCUCGACUGGCUGAUGAUUCUGGUGAUGCCAGGAUGGACCAUCUCAACAAGGCAGCCUGGAGGAGAAUCCUGACUGAUUGGAAGAUUUAUCUCGGCACUCUGGCAUACUUUGGCAUUGUCAAUAACGGCUACGCUGGCUCGUUCUUCAUUCCUACCAUCCUCCGUGAGAUGGGAUACGCCGCCGAGCGCGCACAAGUACUCACCAUCCCAGUAUACAUCGUUGCCACCAUUGGUUGUCUUUCAUCUGCAUACCUCGCCGACCGUAUGCGCCAUCGCUAUGGCUUCACCAUGUUUGGUGUCGUCAUGACCAGCAUCGGCUACAUACUCCUUCUCCUCCAACAUCAAGUCCCCACUGCAGCACGAUACUUUGCGCUCUUCCUUCUCGUCACAGGCGGGUACAUCACGCAGCCCGUCGUUCUCGGAUGGCUAUCCAACACUAUGGGCGGACACUAUAAACGCUCCAUCGCCUCAGCUUCGCAAGUUGGCUUCGGUAAUCUUGGUGGUAUUGUCGCUUCCAACGUUUAUCUUACACGCGAGGCUCCUGAGUACUGGACUGGCCUGGGGGUAAGUCUUGGUAUGGUGUGGAUCUGCGGUAUCGCGUGUACAGCGUUUUACUUCCUCGCUAUCAGGGAGAAUAAGAAGAGGGAUCGUGGGGAGCGGGAUCAUAGACUUCAGGCUGCAGAUGCUGGUAACUUGGGUGACGAUCAUCCUCAUUGGAGAUAUGCCACUUAA